AUGUACACCCCCCGAUCGUAUGCUCAGUACCAGGCUUUGCAUGUUCCGAAACCCUCCAAAUCGACGACGAAGGGCGGCAAGGAUGUGAAGGAUACGCAGAAUCAUGCAAGAGGCGACUAUGGAACUGUUAAUACGGCCGGACUUGGAAAUACCAUGUUGAAAGGCACGCGGAAGGCUCCGGCGACAGUCGUCAGGCGAUCGAGUCUAACUGGAGAUGUCGAUCCGACGACAACGGGUGCAACAACUCCAGUGCAACCAUUUCGCCAACAUGAUUCUCAUCCACACGCAAUAACGUCACAAAUGCCCGACGAAGACAUCUCGAGCCACCGACCAUCCCUCAUACAUACCAACCCCUUCAACGGUGACACCGUUCCUCUACCCUCUCGACCCGUCGUUAUCCCAAGUCGCUCGACAGCCGCCAUCACCUCCCACCCUUCCCACGCACACACCAUCCGCGCACGCGGUCCACAUGGAGGGAAUCCAUCCGGGCGGAUGCCGUCGCGGACACGCACCGAUACAUCGAAACACAACCCCAAAGCCUUGCCACCAGCCGUCGCGGCUCUGCUGGCGCUGACGUCCAUUCCGCCACCACGACGUCAAUCUACAAGACGAGGAACGGUAGCUGAGAGUCCACGACGGACUGUAGCGGAGAGCCCAAGUCCAAGCAAUGUGGACGAGCUGAUCCGACACUGGCGGGAGGAGGAGCAUGGGAGUAGUGCCAACCAGUCGGCCGCACCUUCGUUCGCGACAAGCUCACCGCUCGAUGUACUCCUCGAGCCACCUCGUUCCGUCCCGAGUGAGGCAGACACGACCGCCGACGCCUCGGAAGACGAACAAGACGGCGAUGAGAGCGACAGCGAUGCGGCCGAGCAUGAGCACCACCCCAGGAGCGUUCGAUCGACCCCGUCGCGCUCGGUAUCGUCCAGCAGCAUUCCCAGCCUCGAACCCGCAUCCGCGUGCCCCUCUGUUUUCUCUAUGUCAGCAUUCGGGUCUAGCAUGCCAUUCACCCCCGCCAACACCAGCUCCCCCUCCUCCACGACCGGACGACGCGAAAAGUUCGUGAACUCCCCUCCUUCCGAAGCAUGUGUCGACAGUCACCCGCUCAUUUCCCCCCUCCUCGGACCCGACCCGACGUCAUUCUCCGACAUUCCCCUCCACCUCCCCGCGCUCACCCUCCCCGAUCCCGAACCUCCACCCACCUCCCGAAACCGACACGUAUCCCCACCUCCGCCGAAACCCCGCAAAUCCAACCUUACUGCCUCCCUUAGCGCCCUCCGCGCGACCCGUCUCCUCUCCGCCUUCUCUCCUUCAUCUACCGACCCUCCCCUCCCCUCCUCCACCUCCUCUCCCACCACCGAGCCCGAAUCCCUCCUCACCCGCUCCCCUUACGGCAACCCCUCCACCCGCCGCUUCCCCAGCGAGAUGCGCCCCCGCUGGAGCUGGUCCGCCGAGAUGCCCGUCCCGGAGCCUGUGCGUCGUUACUUUAACCCCGCGCCCCCCACGUCCGGUGGCCGCCUCGGGUAUCUCCGCGACGCGGACAGCACGAGCCGCGGCAUCGGAUGGAGCGGCGGCGAGAGCGCGACGGGCAGCGCGGCGAGACGGAGGGGGAGCAGCAUCGCGGUGCAGCCGGGCGAUGUGCAUCGGGAUGCGAACCUGGCGUUGCGGGCGGAGGAGCCGGCGGGCGCGCCGGUCAAAGGGAAGAUGAUUCUGUUGCGGACGUAUACGAAGACGGGGCCGGCAGGAAAUCACGCCAAUCAUCCCUCCGCCUCUUCCUUACCCCCUCCCGCGCCAUUAUCUCCCCGCCGAAAACGCCCCAUCCCCGAAAAAUCUGCGUCGUCUCCUGCGCCGUCUCCGCUUGAGGACGCGGGACGAAUGGCUGCGGAGACGGGGGCGGGGCAACCGAUGGCGCGACCGCGCGAGCCAAGGGAGAACAGCGAUUUCCUACGAGUCAUUGUGUUGGAGAUGAAUAUGCGGCGGGUGGGGAAGUUGGAUCGGAAGGCGGGGGGGCGGGCGAAGAUUUGGUUGCCACCGAGAGAGGGGAGGGGGAGUGGUGGGGGGCCGGAGGAGAAGGAGGAGAAGGAGGAGAAGGAGGGGGAGAGGGAGAAGGUGCCAGAGCGGUGGAGGGGGUGGAGUGUUGAUGAGGAGGGGUGA